CCGAGUUGUACCAAAAUGCUCUCAAAGUCUCUCUCUUUCAAACUCUUUUACUUCCCAAGACAGAACACCAACUCAAGUCUCAAUGGCAGGCCAACCAGAGAUCUUCGAGCUCAACAAUGGUACCAUGCAAGUUAAGAUCACCAACUAUGGCUGCACUAUCACCUCUCUCUCUGUUCCUGACAAGAACGGUCAAUUAGCUGAUGUUGUCCUGGGAUUCGACUCUCUCGAACCAUAUGUGCAAGGUGCUUCACCUUUUUUUGGCUGCAUUGUGGGAAGGGUGGCAAACAGGAUCAAAGAGGGCAAGUUUGCUCUUAAUGGAGUUGAAUACUCUUUGCCAAUUAACAACCCCCCAAACAGUCUCCAUGGUGGAUUCAAGGGUUUUGACAAGAAAAUAUGGGAGGUGGUAGAAUAUAAGAAAGGCGAAAACCCAUCCAUUACUUUUAAGUAUCACAGCGCUGAUGGUGAGGAAGGUUACCCAGGCGAUGUUUCUGUGACUGCAACUUACACUCUAACUUCAAGCACAACAAUGAAACUUGAGAUGGAAGCAGUGCCUGAGAACAAGGCCACUCCAAUUAACUUAGCUCAACACACUUACUGGAACUUAGCAGGCCACAACUCAGGGAACAUACUUGACCAUUCAAUCCAGAUAUGGGCAUCACAUAUAACUCCUGUGGAUCAGAACACAAUUCCGACUGGUGAAAUCAUGCCAGUUAAAGGCACCCCUUUCGACUUCACUGCUGAGAAGAAGGUUGGUACUUCAAUCCAUGAGGUAGGCUUGGGUUAUGACCAUAACUAUGUGCUUGGUGGUGGGGAAGAAAAAUUGGGUUUGAAACAUGCUGCCAAAGUGAAGGACCCAUCGAGUGCAAGGGUCCUUAACUUGUGGACCAGUGCCCCUGGGGUGCAGUUUUACACUGCUAACUAUGUGAAUAGAGUUGUUGGGAAAGGAGGUGCUGUUUAUAAUAAACAUUCAGGGUUAUGCUUGGAGACACAGGGAUUUCCAAAUGCCAUAAACCAACCAAACUUCCCAUCAGUUGUUGUUCAACCUGGUAACAAGUAUCAACACACCAUGUUGUUUGAGUUUUCGGUUGAAUAAAUAUUUCAUUCUUUUGACUGUCCAUAUUGGAAUAAAGUGUGCUGUUGGUUUGCUUUCUUUAAAUUUGAGCGCCAGAACAUGGCUGCCUUUUAGUUAUGCCUUUUAAUAAUAUGAUGAUGAGUUGGAAGUAUUUUCUGAUCA